AUGAAUGAUUUGAUUGAAGACAAAAGGAGAAGUAGUCUCUUCCACCAAAAUGACAAAGAGACCAAAAAUUUAGUUAAAAUGAACUUUCAACGUAGACUAAGCAACUAUGACACAGUUCUGUCAGUGAAAUGGGACGUACAUCUGCAUUGUACUUUGAAUGAAGUGGCUAUUUUAUCUCUUCCUUCAAAAAAGAAAAUAACUGUUGGGAGGAGUAAAACCAGAGACCUUGUGCAUAAGCGGUCCAUCAACUAUUAUGUUAAGACACAAACGAUGCGUCAUGUAAAGAAGCCUCAGUAUGUAAACCGAGUUGAUCAGUUUAAUAUUUUAGGAAAAGCUGAAAUCCUUCACCACCUAAUUCAAAGUGAUAUUUAUAUAACAAAAUUUCUUUUCUUUUUUAAUUUUUUUCUUUGCGGAAGCGACCAACACACGUGCGCAAACCAAGUCGUAUUUUCACAGCUGGAAAGCUUUCACUGCAGGAAUACCAGUAAAGAAUAUGAAAAUGGUGGUGACCCUAUCGAAGAGAAUGGUAACCUUGAUCAAAAUAUCCCAGUAACACCAUUUUCUUUGCUUGGACGGGAUAAUUUGGUUUUUGGUGAAAAUGAGCUCAGAGCUCAGCGCUUAAAAACAGGGAAAGUAUUUGAGUUUGCGCAAGUUCCACUAAAAGUUGUAGUUUUUGUUAUGCUUCAAAUGGCCGCAGAAUACCAACCCAACAUUACCUCACUGCGGUGUUCAUCAAAGUUGUUUUGGGCGCAUAAUCACCAAAGAAACAUCAAAUGGAAUGCAUUUUCCACACUGGAAAAAAGCUUCAUCACAAUUCAUUUCUGGUCAUUUUUGAAUCUUUGCUUCAAUAGAAAUUACCUUGAUCUUGCAGUGAAAAUAGGAUGCACUUUUAUGGUUCAUAACUAUCUACCACACACGAGUAUGAUAGGAAAUAUGCGUAAGUUACUGUCGUUUGUUCUGCAUUUACUUCUUAUGAAAUUGCUAGCAAAUCAAUCAAUUUUAUGGCGGUCAUUUUUGUGCAUAUAUCGUAGUUUAUCUAAUUUACGAAUAAUAAAAUAA